AUGACUUCGGAAUCUCAGUUCACCUCCGUCCAAUGGGAUAGAGACGACCAGGAUCCCAUGACGAGUGCCUUUCCAGAUCCAAUUGCAGAAGAAACCAACAAUAUAGAACAAAAUAUUCCUGGAGACGAAUUAGAAGAAUCCGCUUCCAGCAGCCACUUUCACGAACAAACUCCAGCACCUCCUGAACCAACCAAUGACGCCAAGGAAGAUCCAAAAUCAUUUACAACAACUACAGAAGUCACCUCGCCAACAAGAGAUACCGACGCUGCCCAGAAACCAUUCGUGACCUACCUUGUAACUACUGUGACCAACGACCCCAGCAUCAUUCGUUUGUGUCUGACACUCAAAAAAGUGUCAGAAGAUAACGAUAUGCAAUCUGUGGCGGUUAGACGCCGAUAUGGUGACUUCAAGUUUCUUCACGAGUGCUUAACCGCAGACUAUCCUCAGCACCUUGUGCCUCCACUUCCUUCCAAGCUGAACUUCAAGUACCUUACCGGCGACACAUUUCACGAAGAGUUCAUCACCAAGCGGUUGCAGUCGCUCAAUCGCUUCAUCCACUACACAAACCAGCAUCAGUACUUGUCGCAGCUGUCGAUCUUCAAGCUUUUUGUGUCUGACUCAGCCGACUGGCUCACGUUCCAAAAGAACCUUAGCAUAAACAACUCUGACGAAGGCACUUCUGUGGUCAGCAGGGUGGUCAAUGAAGACAUGUUGACGGAAACGGUCAUGAACUACUUCACAUCUUCGAAACACAAAAAGGAAACCAAUAAAGAGAUCAUUGAAAUCAGCGACAAGUUGAAGAAACUCUAUGAAAACCUACUAAAGUUGGAUCGUCUUUUUGCCAAACUCAACAAGCGCCACUCGGAAUUGGCUACGGACUAUGGUCAAUAUGCCACCCAGGUUUCCCGUCUUGGGUCAACCGACCAGUCAGACAUAUCCAACAAUUUUGCAGACUUUUCACGUUCGCUAUCCUGCUUUCUGACUAGCUGGCAUGGACUCCACAAGUAUAUUGACGAGUCGUUUCUCACCUCUCUCAAGGACUGCUCCAAGUACAUUUUAGGGCUUACAAACCUCAUUGAGUUGCAACAUAACAAGCACAUUGAUUUACAAGUACUACAAGAAUACUUGGACAAGACAAGACAGGAGCUUGCAAACAUGGGAGGCACCUCCAGCCGACCUCCUCCUGCCCCUGUGGCCAGUCAUAAUGGUGGAAUUGUAAAUAAUACUGCUCAAUUAAUCAAGGAUACCCUUUCUACGUCGGCGACUCCUACCAUAGGUUCUACAACGACGGAAGGAAAAGUCAAAAAGUUGCAGCAGAGAGUGUCGCAGUUGGAAGAGGAGAUCGAGGCACAAACCGCAAUUGCAAAUGAUCUUACAAACAAGGUAAUAUCUGAGGAGUAUCCCAAUUGGGACCGGUUCAAUAAAAAUGAGCUAAAGGCAUCGAUGUUAGCACUAUGCGAUAAGGAGAUUGAUUUUUACAAAGGUUUGGUAGACAACUGGAAAGGGGUGGAGGACAGCUUGACGCAGAGAUUACAGCAAUUGGAAAGUGGACACACCGAACCGUGA